UGCUUUUCCACAUAAUGGCCAGAACAUGGGCCUCUCACCCUUCCUGGGGACUCUGAACACCGGAGGGUCAUUACCAGAUCUAACCAACCUCCACUACUCAGCACCGCUGCCAGCCUCCCUGGACACCAGCAUGAGUGUGGGGAAUAGUGUGGGCAACCUUCCUGCUGCUAUGACUCAUCUGGGCAUAAGAAACUCCUCUGGUCUCCAGAGUUCUCGAAGUAAUCCUUCCAUCCAAGCCACGCUCAAUAAAACUGGGCUCUCAUCAUCCUUUAAUAGCCACCCACAGACAUCCGUGGCCAAUGCAUCUGCUCUUCACCCUUCGCUCCGUCUCUUCUCCCUUAGCAACCCAUCUCUUUCCACCACAAACCUGAGUGGCCCCUCUCGGCGCAGGCAGCCUCCAGUCAGCCCUCUCACGCUCUCUCCUGGCCCUGAAGCACAUCAAGUUUUCAGCAGACAGCUCUCUUCAACCAGCCCCUUGAACCCAUAUCCUGCCUCCCAGGUGGUAUCCUCAGAGCAAAGCCCACUUUCCUUCCUACCCACAGAAGCUCAAGCCCAAGUGUCCCCACCACCCCCUUACUCCACACCCCAGGAGCUGCCCCAGCCACUCCUGCAGCAGUCCCAUGCCCAAGAGGCCCCUGCUCAUCCACCCCAGGCAGCCCCCUCCCUGCCACAGUCAGACUUCCAGCUCCUCACUGCCCAGGGCUCGUCUCUGACCAACUUCUUCCCAGAUGUGGGCUUUGACCAACAGCCCAUGAGGCCCAGCCCUGCCUUUCCUCAACAGGUGCCUUUGGUGCAGCAGAGUCACCGAGAGCCACAGGACUCAUUUCACUUGAGACCAAACCCGUAUUCCAACUGUGGGAACUUCCCAAAUACCAUCCUGACAGAAGAUCCAAGCACCAGUCUGUUCAAAGGCCUUAGUGGGGGGCUGUCGGGCAUGCCCGAGGUUGGCCUGGACAUGGACACUCCGUUUCCAUUGGAAGAGGAGCUGCAGAUUGAACCCUUGAGCCUGGAUGGACUCAACAUGUUAAGUGACUCCAGCAUGGGCCUGCUGGACCCCUCUGUGGAGGAGACAUUUCGAGCUGACCGGCUAUGAGCACAGUACAGUGGAGCAGGGGGCCUGAAAGGGCCAGAGCAGAGGCUAGAAUGGAGGGAGCCGUGCUAUCCCAGGCUCUCCUCAAGUCCUAGCUCAGAUGUUGUGGCUUUCUAGACACAGCUGCAUCCUGCCUCUCCAGCCUGUGACACCAAUUGUACUGCCGCAAGCCAGCUGCUUUGGAGCUUCUGAUGACUGCGAAGUUCACCGUGUCACCUUCAUUCUUUCUAUUGUCCAUCUAGUCAGUGUGUAAACGUAGAGAGUGCUGUAUAACAGGUAGCCUCUGGAAUGUCCUCAGUCUCUGAACCACAGAUCCCAGCCAGCACUGAAGAUGCAACCCAGUGUGGGAGUCAGUCAGGAGUCAGUCAGGAGCCACGGAGUUGGUUCAGCGUCACACAAUGACGGUACCAGAGCACCGUGAUGCCUUUGUGUCUGACCAGCAAGGCCAGGCACUGCCCCCCUCCCCAGCUGGUGGAUAGUCUGGGCCUCGCCAUUGCUCUGCCAGAUGGGGUAAUGAAGUGAAGCAGCCCCCACCUGUCCCAGGGCGGCUGUCCUUAGGCAAGCUGAGCUCAGUUUGCUUUCUCCCAGUCUGUGACCUUUGCUGCUGCUUUCCUGUACACGGACCUUUUUCUCACGGACAAGAGCGAGGGAGACUCAUUUUCUCACUGAAGAAAAGUUCCCUGGGAAUAGGAUGAGUGUAAAGUGAGAAGUGCUCCCUCUAGGAGGCUGCAGGUAUGGCACCUGCACAAGACGUCCUCCAUCUUAGGCCGGCCACCCAACAGCCCCACGGGGGCAGAGCUGCUGGGACUCCUGUCAAUGCAUAGCAGCUGAACUGCCCUCUUCCUCCCAGCUUUCUCUGUUUAAUGCGAUCCCACUAGACUGUAAGCUUCAAGAGGGCAGGAGCUGUGCCUUGUCCCUUCUUGAGCCCUUAGUGCCUACCAAGUGCCUGGUAAGAAUGAGUGCUGUGUGACUGGGUGUAGCACCCAGUCAUGGGUGAGUGAAUGAAUAUGCCAUGUGGUGGGACAGUCUGACCUGUAGCUAUGUCUAUUCCCUGCCUAAGCUCAGAGCUUAACCUUCACAUACUGGUGCCUUUAAUUCACACUCACUUGAAUGUGCCUUAACACACUAGAUGACCAGAUCUGUCACUAAGCUCAUCCUAGUGACAUCCUCCUUGGAUUAUGUCCCUCAGCAGCUGGGUGGGAAUCAUCCAGAAUGUCUGAGCACACCAAAGCCCCUAAGUGCAGGGCCCCUGGGGUCUUCACUGGGCCCCCACAGCAAAAUCUUCCUACUCAGAUCCAUGUUUUGUUCUAAAUUGCCUAAAAUAGAGGUGCAUACUUUGAGGUUAAGAAAUGAGUUUAUGGUAAAGGAGGCCUGAUUAAUGGGACUCUUGUUAUUCACUAACACCUUAUCACACAAUAAUUUGACCAGAUUCUACCACCACUGCCCCCUAGCCCUGAGUGGGAAAAGUGGUAAUGCCCACAUAGCACACAGGGGAGGAGCCAGGCAUGAGAGAGAUGGAGGAGGGGCCGGGGGCUAAAGGAGAAUCUUUGCUUGGACCACAGCUACCCUUCCUGGAGACAUAGGGGUGCAGCUGAGGCGCAGUGACUGUUUCCACCCAACAAGCAAGGAUGAAGUUGAAGGAAGCUGACACCUCUCUGCCUGUGGACAGGAAGCUGCUCCUGCACCUCUCCACAGCUUGUCCGCAUCUUCUCUUCUUAGGCCUUUUUUAUGAUCCUUCAAACAGCCCUGAUGGUGCCGUUCUCCGCCUUCCUCUAGGACCCAAGAAUUUUGUGUUCCUGUUUACCUCGAUCACUGCUGUUGAAUUGGGAAACCAAAUUAGAAUCCUCUCUACCAGAUUCCACCCCUAGAAGAUGCUACUGGCCUCUGCUUGUGAUCCCUGUUCCCAGUGGGACGGACUCUCAUAUGCUUUAUGCCUGAGAUCACAGAGCAGAGUGACUUUAGCUAAAGGGAAAGCAUUUCACUCCUCAUGGUCCCAGCUCCCCACCAUGCCUACAGAAGCCAGCUCCUCUGUCACAGGCCCCUGAAAUCAGAUCAGAGCCUUCAGGCAGGGAUCGGUGCUGUUUUAAGAGUUUAGAGCAAAGGGGGGGGGCAGCACAAUCUGCUCUCUGCAUUGUGCCUUAUUCGUGGGUUCAUUUCAUCAGGGGAACCCUGCCUUGUUACAGGAGACCCCAGAACCUCAUACCAUGAAUUGCCCUGCUCCUGGGAUAUUCUCCAGCUGAUGGGGAAGUACUGGCUAUGGGGGAAAUAGAUUAAACAACAAAAAAGCAAAACAAUACAAGAUAGCACUGAGUUAAAUCUGCUGUUAGGCCCACCAGCCUGAUGUUUCCAUGGGAGGAGCUUUAAGCCACUGGAGAUCCCACCUUGUCUAGAUGGUAUUGAGGACACUGGGAGACAGUGUCGCCCCACCCCGGCCAUGUAAGCCUGCACUUGCUGCUGCCUUUGUGACAAACUUGCCUCAGGCCUCAGCACUGAAGUGGCUACAGGCGUCCCCAAGCCUGCUGUUCUGUGUUUUAACUUGGUCACACCAGCUGUACUCAUCUUUCUAGCAGUGUAGCGGUUGUGGGUUUUAGGAUAUGAGUGUGAGGAGAUGGUCUGAUCAUGUCAAAGAUCAGUUCUCCUUUGCCUUCUUCCUUCUUCUAAGUCUACUGUAGUCUCUGAGCUGAAAAGUGGUGUAUUCAUGCUCACGCGUGUCUGAAGACAUGUCCUGUUGGGACUCUCCGGGGCUCUUCUGGUUUAUGCACAGCAUAAAUGAUGGUUCCCAGCAUUUCCACUGCUCCAGGAUGGGGCCAUCCCAGUAACUAAUCAGACUUCCUGCCAUGCCCUAACUCCCGGUCCUUUGUUAAGCAAUAUUGAAAGAUUGGACUUUGUAUAAAGUAGCUUCCAAGUUUUAUAAUGCAUCAUUUUACAUCUUUCGUAAUUAAAAGCAGCACAAUAUGGUUGUA